AUGGAGGAUUGCAGUAGCAAAAGCACCACCCGGGCUUCUCAGCUAAGCUCUGCCCCAACUAAUAACAGUUAUCACGAGAAAAAGCCAGAAACUAGCUGGCGCACGAGUAUACUCAGUAAGGGAAUUCCCAAGACAUCAAUUCAUAUCGCUGACUUGCAUAGUCGUGCUCUCAUCACACUUCGUCGUCAUGAACACCUCAGGCUUCACAAAUUCCUUUGGCGCACUUUAAAGCCACUUCAAAGCCACUUCAUCGACACAUACAUCGAGCCAUCCUCAACCGUCUCAUGGGUUGGAUCCAUGCAGAUUUUCCUGUACUUCUUUAUCGGCGUAUUCUCCGGCCGACUCACAGACGCUGGGUACUUUAGAGUCACCUUCCUAGCAGGCUCGCUCGCAAGCGUCGUUAGCAUUUUCGCUGCGUCUUUCGGUUCAGAGCUCUGA